AUGUUUUUCCUUCCGACAGAAAAAGUUUUUCCAUCCGACAGGAAAAGUUUUUCCAUCCGACAGGAAAAAUUUUUCCUUCCGACAGGACACAAACGGAUGACUGACGUUCCUCUUCCUGAAUGCCUUCCAAAGCCAGAAGAACCGACAGCCCCAGCACCACAACAGACUUACUAA